AUGUUUGAGCUCCCAGACGCAAAACGCGUCCGCCGAGAAGACCUCUACGACUCAACCUCGGACCGCUCCGCCAGCCCCGGCCCCGAGGAUGAAGAGACGGCUGAGCUCCUCCGGGCCAAGCUCAAUGCGCGUCUGUCUGGUCUGCUCGCUAUCGACCUCCCACCGUCACCUAGGAAAUCUCCUGCGAAAGUGCCAGCAGCAGCGGCGCCAGUGAAACCAGUGAAACCAGUGAAACCAGCUGUUCGCAGACACUCAGAAACGUCCGACAGCGAAGACAGCGAGGAUGGUGAUGAAACCCCUUCACCACCAUCACCCGCGCAAGUAGAAGCGGAAGCAACGGAAGAAGAAGAAAAAGAACCCCCAGCCUUCGCCUUCCGGCUCUUCGCCACCCCCCCAACUACCUCCACCAACGGAACAACCACCACCAACGCCCCCCAACCCCAAGUCAUCCUCCUCCCCUCAGACGACGACAUAGACGGCCACGGUCCAAAAUACACCGGCCCCGCGCUCUCACAGCGUCCACUGUCACACUACCUCCGCGGGGAACUAUCCCCCGAAGCACAGGCACAGUUCCGUCAGGCGGCGGUGGAAGGGUGGGAGGUAAUUGAGGGAGCGGGGAGACGAGCGUGGGGGUUGGAGGUGCCGUGGCGGGUUGUUAGGGUUUUGGGGGGGACAGCUAAAACUAUUUCCGGGAGCGGUGGUGGUGGUGGUGAGAAAGGAAGUACGGAAGAGGGAACGGAAAAGAAGAAGACCCGACCAGGGAAAAAGAGGAGAGUGGUGCUGCGGAAGCGGGAGAAGGCGCGGAAGGAGAAGGAGACGGAGGUGGAAUUGAAGAAGGCGAGUAAGGAGGAGCAUUUGAGGGAGAAGAAGAAGCGGUUGAAUCGGGAGAAGAAGUUGAAGAGACGGCAGAAGGAGAGGGAGAAGAAGAUGGCUGUGAGGGGGGAGGGGGGGGAGGGGCCAGAGGGGGGUGGUAGUGAGGGGAGUGAUGGGAGUGAUGGGGAGUAG